AUAAAUAUCUCUGGUCCAGGAGCUGUAGCAAACAGUCAACUUGCGGUUUUCUAUUGGGAUAUGCUUGUGUGUUGAGUCUGAGAGGUGGAAGUUAUCCAGAGCGCUCAGCCAUCGACGGAUAUCUAAAACUUGCAGAUCAACAACCAUGCAAAAUCUGUGUGUUCUGCUGUCGUUCCUGCUGCCGCUGACGGCGUCCAGUGAGAAGAUCAAGCUGGGGUCAUUCCGCGACCAGAUCCUUGACCAGCACAAUGAGUACCGACGGGAGGAGAGGGCGUCCAACAUGUAUCAAAUGAACUGGAAUGAAACUUUGGCGGAGCAAGCUGAGCGAUGGGCAGACAGGUGCGUAUUCAAGCACGAGAUGAAGAGCGGAAUGGGGGGAGAAUCUGGCGUUCGAUACCCGGAAGUUCGACACUUCCAAGCUGCUUGACGGCUUAAUGAAGGGAUGGCAUGACGAGAAGAGGACGUGGAAGUACGGAAGUCAGUCGUGCGGCUUCGCUUGUCAUUUUACACAGCUUGUCUGGCACUCCACCAAUGCUGUUGGGUGCGCGGCUACACGAUGCGGGCAACUGGGUGGGCUCAUAGGGUCCCAGGUCAGGCACGCCUUCUACCUCGUCUGCUUCUACUACCCCAGAGGCAACUGGAUGGGCGAGGUGCCUUACAUCCCAGGCAGAGCCUGCUCCAAGUGUGAGAAGGGAUCCACAUGUUCCGAGGAGCUGUGUGAAAGCGGCGGAGAUGGCGGGGCUCAGGUAGCGGCAGCUCCAGCUCCGGCAGCACUGACCUUAAGGGAGCCAUUGCGCAAGUCGAAGAGUCACGUUUCCUUCAUCAGAAAAUCCAGUCGGUUCGAGACCUUCUCUCAUGGGUCGGGAGCCAAUCGGAAGACGGUAUCUCGUGGUACGAGCACUCUUCACAGAUCUGGACCAAUCACGCUCGAUCGUCUCCGAGGCCCCCUAUCUCUUAGAGCGGAAGGUCUCGUAUCUGAUCAGGGAACGGCUCUGGCUGCUAAACAGCCCCGACAGUUGGCCUACUCUUCCGCCAGAGAAGUGAACUACAAAGUGAGCAAGAAGAACAAACCCAAACGCCGUAGAAACAGAUGCAAGGAUAGGCUUCCUGCUUGCUGGAAGUGGUCAGACAGAUGUAACGGCAACAGAGCUAUCAGGAUCAUGUGCCCCAAGUCAUGUGAUGCUUGUGAGAUGGUGCUUGCUUUGGUUGACGGAAGACUAGACAACAAGAGUCAGGGUUCACACAGCACUGGGGAGAAGAAGCAAGUACGGACUGGUUCCAUUGGGCAGCGACGAGGGAUCUCUCGCUCUUCCAGGCACCAUCCCAGUGGCCGUCGGCGUCAUCAGCCUGAAACAGCUACAACCAACCGACGUCAAACUCCAGCACGAAAACUUGACAACGUCCGUCAAAAUGGAGGUCAGAUGAGCAGACGACAGAGUUACAACAGCAGAAGACAGAUACGUCGUCAUCACAGUCAACAGUCGAGUCGGGAAAGUCGCUACGGGCAACGUCACGUCACUGGGCGACGUCAUCAUCGACCCCGACAACACAACCAGGGAGCCAGCAGGCACACACAACACAGGACCGUUCAGCGGACGAGAGGUCAAGAUAUUAAAAACAAACAUACUGACUCUGCGCAGCACCGGAAGCAGCAAAACGCAGUAUUACCUCAGAAGGAUAACCCUUUCUGCACCGACAACGCAAGUUACGCUGCCCGGUGUGUGUACUGGGCGAAGACUGGGUUCUGUCGGGAAAACUACAUGAUGCGAGACCUCUACUGUAAGAAGAGUUGCGGAAACUGCUAGCCAGUCAAUAUUUGAUAGUUUAGACAAUUCAGUUGUGACACUAUGGUGUAUUGUGACGUCUUUAUACAAGACUGGUGAAGUCGUGAUGGUAUCUGUAACUAAGAUAGAAGGUUGUUGCCUCCCCUUAUGUUUGAGGUCGAGGGUAUAAGUCGAGGGUAUAAGGUGUGGUUAGUUUUCAGCUGGAGAUAUAGCUGUGAUGUACACAAAAUAUGAGUGUUUUGGUUUGUUUGUCAAUUUUAUAAGACCAUUGUCAUU